AUGAGCCGAGACGAUGAAUACGAUUAUCUUUUCAAAGUUGUUCUAAUUGGUGACUCCGGUGUUGGAAAGACCAAUCUUCUCGGACGAUUCACGCGAAAUGAGUUCAACCUCGAAUCCAAGAGUACCAUUGGUGUCGAAUUUGCUACUCGUAGUAUUCAAGUUGAUAACAAAGUGAUUAAGGCACAGAUUUGGGAUACUGCCGGUCAGGAACGGUAUCGUGCGAUCACCAGCGCAUACUAUCGCGGCGCAGUGGGGGCGUUGUUGGUGUAUGAUAUCUCAAAGCACUCGACCUACGAAAGCGUCGGACGUUGGCUGAAAGAACUUCGGGACCAUGCUGAUUCAAAUAUCGUGAUUAUGCUGGUCGGCAACAAGAGCGAUUUGCGCCACUUGCGAGCUGUACCCACUGAUGAAGCCAAGCAGUUUGCAGCUGAGAAUGGUUUAUCGUUUAUUGAGACUUCGGCAUUGGACGCAACCAACGUUGAGUUAUCGUUCCAAAGAAUUUUGACAGAAAUCUACCGGAUUGUAUCCAACAAAGCACUGGAAUCGUCGAACAAUGCCAUCAAGCCUACAGGCGGUCAAACUAUUCUGGUAUCACAGACACCCGAUGAGCAGAAACAGGGUGGAUGCUGCUAAAAAAAGGAAACGAGUGAAGAGCAAAAAGAAACAAGAGAGGCCAGUUUUUAAUUGGAUAAGCUCGUCCAGUUUGUGGCCCGAGAUGGUUGUGAAUAUUCCAUUGAUGGGGACCUGUAAAAAGAAAUGGGCGUUUAUAAUACAUUUACAAAGUAGUGUACAGUGUGCCGUGUCAGUUGGCUAUAAAGCAAAACUUAAAUAACUCAUUAAAAACCUAAAGAUGUGCUAUUUCUUUUGCUGUUGU